AGAUCACAAAUUAUAAAGUUGUAUGUAGUGUAGAUGCGUGUAGAUGUUAAAGAUUAUUUAUUGAUUGUUUAUUUUUACAAAAAUAUUAACUAACUAAUAAUUAUGGAUUCGUUAGACGGUGAUGGUGCAAUGGUGAUCAUCAUAGGAAGAUGUAAAUGUUGCCUUAAUGAAGGAGAUUUAAAAAAUAUGUGGACGCCGUACAUAUAUGAAGGAGAAACCGAAAUUUAUGGAAUGAUGUUGACAGAAUGUUUUGGUCUAUCAUGGCAGCAGCCAGAGGACAACAUGAAGUAUAUGGAUAUGAUAUGCAUCUCUUGCAUCUCUCGGUUACGUGAUGCACUUGCCUUCAAAAGAGAAGUUUUAGUGAGCGAAGAGGUGCUGCGUGAAAAUCAAGAUGAAAUAUUUCUUCAUACUACAGUGAAAGUGGAGAAAAAUUUAGAAGAGGAAGAAGAAGAAGUCAAGUUUAGUGAAGUGGAAUACUUAGAGAUCCCAGACAGUUUAAACAAAGAAGAAUUAUGUGAAGAACAAUUAUCAGAUGAACAAUUGCUGAGUUCAGAUAACUCUCUGCUAGUAGAACAUACAAGAAAAAAGUCAAAAAAGCUCACAAAGGAAGAGGGGAACAAAAUGUACAAGCAGUAUACUGACAAGGAACUGCAAAUGCCCAAUGAUGCAGUCCAGAACAAUGAAAUGUCACAUACAGAAGCGGCUGAGUUUUUUAAAGUGCCCAGGAAAGCUAUCUCUGCUAAGAUCCGCAAUAUUACUGACAAAGAAGACGAUAACUCUCUGCUAGUAGAACGUACAAGAAAAAGGUCAAAAAAGCUCACAAAGGAAGAGGUGAACAAAACGUACAAGCAGUAUACUGACGAGGAACUGCAAAUGGCCAAUGAUGCAGUCCAGAACAAUGAAAUGUCACAUACAGAAGCGGCUGAGCUUUUUAAAGUGCCCAGGAAAACCAUCUCUGCUAAGAUCCGCAAUAUUAAAGACAAAGAAGAGGAAGAAAAUCGUAAAAGAAAAUGGCCGAAGAAACUGCCAAAGCAAGACCGAAACAAAACAUACAAGCAGUAUACUGAAAAGGCACUGAGAAUGGCCAUUGAUGCUGUCCAGAAUGAAGAGAUGUCACGUAGCGAAGCGUCAGCGAAGUUUAAGGUGCCUAAGAAGACUCUAGACUCUAGACUUAGACUUCAGAAUUCUAUUGCCAAAAAAGAGGAACCGGAUGAUGAUGAUGCAUCAAAAAUAAUAGACCAAGAAAAACACUACAAACUCAGAGAGGAAAUUAAAUCUAUACUCACUUACACAAAUGCAAUACCAUACAAAACAAGAUUGUCAAGGUACUACUGUGCAUACUGCUCUACAGAUGGACCGGCUUUUGAUGACGCUGAUGAUUUGAGGGUUCACACUAAAACAAAGCAUGUCGAUGAUCGGACCAAAGCCGUAGAUCAGAUAAUGAGACCACAGUGGCUAAAUGAGGUGUUAAAGAUUGACAUACACAGUCUCCAUUGUACAGUUUGCUGUACAAUCCUGCUGACGUGGAAUGAUAUGCUCCUACAUCUUAAAGAUGUGCACGAGGUUGCUCUAGAUGAGGCCUACAAUAGAGUUAUACCUUAUAUCCUCGCAAGGGAGCUGAAAUGUGCUUUAUGUGGAGAAGCCUUUGCAAGUUACAACAUACUGGAUGGACAUAUGAACGCCCAUUAUAGCAGUUACAUUUGCUCUGAAUGCGGUGAUACUUUCUUAUCAGCGAGCAGACUUAAAAAGCAUGUGUUAGUACACAAUACUGGGAGGUUCCCUUGCGAGGUUUGCGGUAAGGUGUACAAUUUGAAGAAGUACAUGAAGAAGCAUUUUGACCUCGUACAUGCAGAGAAAGACCAAUACAAGUGCUCGUACUGUCCGGAAAGAUUCUCCCGACCAUUCCAGCGACAUCAGCAUGUACUCGAUAAUCACAAAGAGAUGGUCAAGAUUAAGACUUGUGAGAUCUGCGGAAAGACAUUCGACUGGAUGCCCUACUACUCGGCUCACAUGAGACGAAAGCAUGGGAACGAGAAGAAUUACAAAUGCAAACAGUGCGACAAAAGUUUCCUUAUGAAGUAUCAGUUGAGGGACCAUCAAGAAAAGCAUUUGGAGGAGAGGAACGUUGUUUGUGACGUGUGCAAUGAGAGAUUUAAAACUAAAGCCGGCUUAGUGCGACACUGUCAGCUGCAUCAUAACUUUCCAACCGCAAAAAGUCAGACGGUUAAAUAAAUCAGUGUUGACAGAUUUGUUUAGUGUUUACAAUUGAGUAUUUGUAAAUAAUUGCAUCUGUUACUGUUACAUCGUAGGCCUCCCCAAUAGAUUGCCUUAUAGCGUGAUAUUUUCUAUAGUUGUCACGCUUGAUUUGCGGGUUGACAACCACGGUAAUUUUUUCUUAUGUUAUUAAGAAGAUGCUGCAGCCCAUCUCCCGGUUCUCUUCCCUCUUCCCCCUCGUUAACACUUUUGUACCAUUACCGUUUAUCUCUUUUUAGGUUAAUAUAAAUAAAAAAUAAAAAGCGUUU